AUGAGUGGAGAUAGACAGAUUGAUCCAACAGUCGUUCAUCCAUCCAUUGCUCUUCUGCAAGAAAGGUUCAGACAGUUGGAGAGAGCCAAGGAGAUGAGGCAGGAGAAAGAGCUCUUACGGAUGUUGCCUGAAUCAAGGCAGAUCAAUGCAGCUAUAACUUAUGUACCAUCUAGAUCGCUUUUCCAACCUGAACUCAUGCUUUCACAGCUGCCUCUUCAGUGUACACUCAAAAGAGAAGCCAAUGUUGAUACUUCAUCUGUGAAAAAGUAUUACAAUGUUAGUCCACCUAGUAAUCCUGUGGUUUCCUUCCGUUUCUUCUUCAUGGGGCAGUAAGAAUAUGGGAAGGAAAAGAAGGAGCUAAAGAAGAAGAAAACAGAAUAUGCAAUGUAGCUAAUGGCCAUUAUCUUAUGUAUCUUCAGAACUACAUAGUAAUCAGAAAGAUAAUUCUCUUAUCUCUUCUGAAAUGCAUCUCAUCAUAGGUAAUGUUAUCCAAUUUGUCACCGUUCCCUUUCCUCUUCAUGAUUUUGCGAAUCAAUCGAGUUACAUCUUUGGCCUCUGACAGUGCUUCCCCAUUGUUUAUCUGCUUAGAAUGAACAGCACUAACCUUUCGGGCAUUUGCAGCUAAUAUCUGCACCAGGGACAACAUUUCACUCAC